CUGAUUGAAGCAUUAGUACCACAUGACCAAGGAGAUCACGGAAGAGCAUAUGACUUAGAACUAGAAUAACAGCGAUAACGUGUCCUUACGAGAAUUUUGUACGAGUUUUUUUGUUCGUACUUUGGCAGAGUGGGAAUUUCCCCACUGUGUGCCUUGACGUCAUCCUGAAAUCAGCGGUAUCAAAGCAGUUUAUCAUUCUUCAAGUCUUUAGGCCACCAAAUAUAAAGGAUUCGCAUAAGUAAAAAUGCAGAGCACUGCCAACUACCUGUGGCUCAUCUCGGAUCUUCUCGGGCAAGGGGCUACAGCAAAUGUGUACCGUGGUAGGCACAAGAAAACAGGGGACCUUUAUGCCGUCAAAGUCUUCAAUAAUCUCAGUUUUCUGAGGCCCCUGGACGUCCAAAUGAGGGAGUUUGAGGUUCUGAAGAAACUCAACCACAAGAACAUUGUCAAACUCUUUGCAGUGGAAGAGGAGUCUAACACACGUCACAAAGUCCUGGUCAUGGAGUACUGUCCCUGUGGGAGCCUCUACACCGUUCUGGAGGAGUCUUCCAAUGCCUACGGACUACCAGAGGACGAGUUUCUCAUCGUGCUGCAGGAUGUAGUGGCAGGCAUGAACCACCUGAGGGAGUACGGCAUCGUGCACCGCGACAUCAAGCCGGGGAACAUCAUGCGUGUGAUCGGCGAGGACGGGAGAUCCGUCUACAAGCUCACAGACUUCGGAGCCGCCAGGGAGCUGGACGACGACGAGCAGUUCGUCUCUCUCUACGGGACCGAGGAGUACCUGCACCCUGACAUGUACGAGCGGGCUGUGCUGAGGAAGGACCACCAGAAGAAGUACGGGGCCACGGUAGACCUGUGGAGCAUCGGUGUCACCUUCUACCACGCCGCCACAGGCAGCCUCCCAUUCCGACCCUACGAGGGGCCCCGCAGGAACAAGGAAGUAAUGUAUAAGAUCAUCACAGAGAAACCUUCCGGAACCAUCUCUGGCCAGCAGAAGUUUGAGAACGGCAAGAUUGAGUGGAGCACUGAGAUGCCUGUUUCUUGUAGCCUCUCCAAGGGCCUGCAGAGCCUUCUGACCCCGGUGCUGGCUAACAUCCUGGAGGCUGACCAGGAGAAGUGCUGGGGCUUCGACCAGUUCUUCGCCGAGACCAGCGACAUCCUCCAUCGCUGUGUUGUCUAUUUGUUCAGCCUGCAGCAGGCCACCCUCCACCACGUCUACAUCCACGAGUACAACACGGCGACACUGUUCCAGGAGCUUCUCUCAAGGAGGACCAGCAUCCCCCCUCACCACCAGGAGCUGAUAUACGAGGGCCGCAGGCUGGUGCUGGAUCCAAACCGCCAGGCCCAGACCUUCCCCCGGACCACCCGGGACAACCCCAUCAUGCUGAUCAGCUCAGAAUGUGCGGCCACAGUGGGACUCAUCUUCGAAGAUCCAAGCCCUCCCAAAGUCCAGCCUCGCUACGACCUGGAUCUGGACGCCAGCUAUGCCAAGACCUUUGCAGGUGACGUGGGCCACCUGUGGAAGACCUCCGAGUCCCUCUUGGUCUACCAGGAGCUGGUUCGCAAAGGAGUCCGCGGCCUCAUUGAGAUGAUGAAGGAAGAAUACAGUGAGAUAGUACACAAGAAGUCUGAAGUCAUUCACCUGUGCAACUACUGCAACCAGAUCCUGGAGCGGACGGAGCAGCUGUGUGAGGUGCUGAUGCAGGCCACCAUGCUGUCGUCAGAAUACGACGAGAUCGCAGACAUGCGCAAGAAAGUCAUGAGAAUCUCUGGGUCUUUGGAACCCCUGGAGAGGACUACACAGGAGAUCAAGAGCAAGUUCAUGCCAGGGGGUGUGUUGACCGACACCUGGAUCCAGCAAGUUGGCACCCACCCUGGGGACAGAAAUGUGGAGAAGAUCAAAGUGCUGUUAGAUGCCAUCACCGCCAUCUACCACCAGUUCAAGAAGGACAAGGCAGAGAGACGUCUACCUUACAACGAAGAACAGAUCCAUAAAUUUGACAAACAGAAGCUGGUUCUCCAUGCCACCCGGGCCAGGACUCUGUUCACUGAGGAGUGCGCAAUGAAGUACCGCCUCUUCAUCUCCAAGAGCGAGGAGUGGAUGAGGAAGGUCCAUCACGUGAGGAAGCAGCUGGUCGGCCUGUCCACUCAGUUCAACAGCAUCGAGAAAGACGUGUCCAUGGUGAUGGAGCGAGUCAUCAAGCUCCAGGAGCAGCUACCUCAGAAGGUGAUGCCUCUGGCAUCUGGUGGGAUCAAGCCCCAGGCUUACCUCAGCCAGAGCACCCUGGUGGAGAUGACGUUGGGGAUGAAGAAACUGAAAGAGGAAAUGGAGGGGGUUGUGAAAGAGCUGGCAGAGAACAACCACUUCCUGGAAAGGUUUGGCACUUUGACACUGGAUGGGGGAUUGAGGAAUGUUGACCGUAUUUGAGACCCAAGCGAUCCCUUGUCUCUAUUCCACUACUCCCAAGAACUUGGGAAGACGUGAGAAGUGAAGGUUAUGCAAUCGAUUGCUGCCAAUUCUAUACAUAAAUAUAAAUGAUUGUGUAUAUAUUUUUCUUGUGUUGUAAAUAGGUUCUAAGACUGUAAGAAGAGUUUAAUUGUAUUUUCUAUGAACGUCCCUCCCACUCCC